UUUCUUCCGGGUGGUGAGUUUGACUUCACACCGCUCGCUCAAACCAUUCACUAAGGAGGAGGUCGGACCCGGCUGCUCAGCUCCUCCUCGUGUGCGCGAUGGCGAGCCUUCUUCGUGUGGUGGCCACCAGCUGCUCUGCUCCGCUCCUCAGCGGGGUCGCCUGCGCCAAGCUUCCGGCCAUCACCAACGUCCGGACGCCCUUCCAGCGCUUCUUCAGGACGCAACAGGCUCUACUGCGGGCAGACAGUCCAGGUGUUCCUUAUAAACAAGUGACAGUUGGCGUGCCCAAGGAGGUCUUCCAGAAUGAGCGGCGAGUUGCCAUCUCUCCCGCUGGCGUGCAGGCCCUGGUCAAGCAGGGCUUCAACGUGGUGGUGGAGUCGGGCGCCGGAGACACCGCCAAGUUCCCGGACGAAAUGUACACCCAGGCUGGGGCCACUGUGAAGGAUGCCAAGGAGGUCUUUGCCUCCGACAUGCUGUUGAAGGUCCGUGCCCCCAUGCUGAAUCCGGCGCUGGAUGCCCACGAGAUUGACCUGAUGAAGGACGGCGCUACACUGAUCAGCUUCAUCUACCCGGCCCAGAACCCUGAGCUCAUGGACCAGCUGUCCCAGAAGAAGGCCACCGUGCUGGCUAUGGACCAGGUGCCCCGUGUCACCAUAGCCCAAGGUUUUGAUGCCCUCAGCUCAAUGGCAAACAUUGCUGGAUACAAAGCUGUGGUACUGGCAGCAAACAACUUUGGACGCUUCUUCACUGGCCAGAUCACUGCAGCUGGGAAGGUUCCCCCAGCGAAGGUGCUGAUUAUUGGCGGGGGCGUGGCGGGAUUGGCAGCCGCUGGCACUGCCAGGGCCAUGGGCGCCAUCGUCCGAGGCUUUGACACCAGAGCGGCUGCCCUGGAGCAGUUCAAGUCGUUGGGAGCCGAGCCUCUGGAGGUGCUGGACGUCAAGGAGUCUGGCGAGGGCCAGGGCGGCUACGCCAAGGAGAUGUCCAAGGAGUUCAUCGAGGCCGAGAUGAAAUUGUUCGCCAAACAGGCGCUGGAUGUGGACAUCAUCAUCACCACUGCCCUCAUUCCUGGUCGCAAGGCUCCCAUCCUGAUCACAAAGGACAUGGUGGAGAGCAUGAAGGACGGCUCUGUGGUGGUGGACCUGGCUGCCGAGGCCGGCGGCAACAUCGAGACCACCGUCCCUGGAGACCUGUCCGUCCACAAGGGUGUGGUCCACGUCGGCUACACCGAUCUUCCCAGCCGCCUGCCCACCCAGUCUAGCACCCUGUACUCCAACAACCUCACCAAACUCAUCCGCGCCAUCAGUCCCGACAAGGAGAACUUCUACCUUGAUGUCAAGGAGCAGUUUGAUUACGGAACAAUGGACCACGUCGUCCGCGGUUCCAUCGUCAUGCAGGAUGGAAAAGUGCUUUUCCCAGCACCGCAGCCCAACAACGUGCCCGUGGCCGCCCCACCCAAGCCCAAGAGCAACCAGGAGCUGCAGGCCGAGAAGGCUGCCACCGUCUCCCCCUUCGCAGCCAAACUCUCCACCGUUGGCGCCUACUCUGGAGGACUGGGAACAAUACUUGGCCUUGGCCUCUGCGCCCCCAACGCUGCCUUCACACAGAUCGUGACCACCUUCGGCCUGGCAGGAAUUGUGGGAUACCACACCGUUUGGGGCGUCACCUCAGCUCUGCACUCCCCGCUCAUGUCGGUCACGAACGCCAUCUCUGGGCUGACUGCUGUGGGGGGCCUGUCCCUCAUGGGAGGCGGCUACACUCCCACCAACACGGCUGAGACGCUGGCUGUGCUGGCUGCUUUCAUCUCGUCUGUCAACAUUGCUGGUGGUUUCCUGGUGACCAAGAAGAUGUUGGACAUGUUCAAGAGGCCCACAGAUCCCCCAGAGUACAACUACCUGUACCUGCUGCCCGCCGGAGUGUUUGUGGGCGGCUACGGAGUUGCCCUCCAGACCGGCUACAACAUCGAGCAGAUGAUGUACCUGGGCUCUGGCCUGUGCUGCGUCGGAGCCCUGGGUGGUCUCUCCAACCAGUCCACAGCCCGCCUGGGCAACGCUCUGGGCAUGAUCGGUGUAGCGGGGGGCAUCGCUGCCACCCUGGGUGCCCUCAAGCCCUCCCCUGAGCUACUGGCCCAGAUGAGCGCAGCCAUGGCAGUGGGUGGCACAGCUGGAUUGACCAUCGCCAAGCGCAUCCAGAUCACAGACCUGCCGCAGCUGGUGGCCGCCUUCCACAGUCUGGUGGGCCUGGCCGCCGUGCUCACCUGCGUGGCCGAGUACAUGGUGGAGUACCCGCACUUCGCCACCGACCCGGCCGCCAACUUCACCAAGAUCGUGGCCUACCUGGGCACCUUCAUCGGCGGCGUGACCUUCAGUGGCUCCUUGGUGGCCUACGGCAAACUCCAAGGUGUGCUGAACUCUGCCCCACUGAUGCUCCCUGGGCGCCACGCUCUCAACGCCAGUCUGAUGGCGGGCAGCGUGGGGGGCAUGAUCCCCUACUUGAUGGACCCCAGCUUCACCACCGGCAUCACCUGCCUGGGCAGCGUGUCUGCACUCUCCGCCAUCAUGGGUGUGACUCUGACGGCGGCCAUUGGUGGCGCGGACAUGCCCGUGGUCAUCACGGUGCUGAACAGCUACUCCGGCUGGGCCCUGUGCGCUGAGGGCUUCCUGCUCAACAACAACCUGCUGACCAUCGUGGGCGCGCUGAUCGGGUCCUCGGGAGCCAUCCUCUCAUACAUUAUGUGUGUGGCCAUGAACCGCUCCCUGGCUAACGUCAUCCUGGGCGGCUACGGCACCUCCUCCACCGGCACAGGCAAGCCCAUGGAGAUCACUGGCACGCACACCGAGGUCAACGUGGAGCAGUCCGUGGAGCUCAUCAAGGAAGCCCAGAACAUCAUCAUCGUACCGGGUUAUGGUCUGUGUGCCGCUAAGGCCCAGUACCCCAUCGCUGAGCUGGUCAAGAUGCUGGGGGAGAUGGGCAAGAAAGUCAGGUUCGGCAUCCACCCCGUGGCAGGCCGUAUGCCAGGGCAGCUCAACGUGCUGCUGGCUGAGGCCGGCGUGCCCUAUGACGUGGUGCUGGAGAUGGACGAGAUCAACGAGGACUUCCCUGACACUGACCUGGUCAUGGUCAUUGGUGCCAACGACACCGUGAACUCUGCCGCACAAGAGGACCCCAACUCCAUCAUUGCUGGCAUGCCUGUGCUGGAGGUGUGGAAGUCCAAACAGGUUAUUGUGAUGAAGAGAUCGCUGGGAGUUGGAUACGCUGCCGUGGACAACCCCAUCUUCUAUAAGCCCAACACUUCCAUGCUUCUGGGCGAUGCCAAGAAGACCUGUGAUGCCUUGGCUUCAAAAGUACGCGAGGGUUAAAAAUCGCCCCUCGACUUGUGUCCCCUCCUUUUCUCUUCCCUCCCAGCCCUCAUCCCUGCCAGGCGCUGUGGUAGACUGCUAGGAUAGAGGAGUGAGCUUUGUGAACAAGCCCCUUAAACAAGCAUUAGCUUCAAUAUAUGGUAGUCAACUAUCUGGCAGCGCAUUUAACGUUUGAUUAGCAUUAGGAGUAAAUGAAGACUUUAGUUUUUUUUCCCUUAUUUUUUUUAUUGGCGUUAAGUGUUCCCCUUCCCUUGUUUUUUUUUUCUUCCCCUUGGAAAGAGGAGUGGGGCAUCUAACAAGCUGUGCUGUAGUUCCUACAUAUUCCUGUCAGAUUUUAUACAAUGGAUAGCUUUUUUGUAAAACAAGGAAAAAGUACUGUUAGACCCAGUUCAUUCUGUCUAUAUAUUUUUGUAGGUUCUGGUGUGGUAUUUGUAGGAUGAUGUACAGUACUCGGUGUCAAAACACAACCAGAAAAAUGUGCCCAUGAUUUAUAACCUAUUUUUUGUCUUCAUUUUUUCUUGUCUUUUUUUUUUGUGAAAUGAGCCAGUGCUUUUAUGGCCAUGUGACUUUGUGCUUAUAACUGUGUGUGUUUGUGUGAAACACAGGAACUCCGUACACACACAGUUUCAGAUUGCAAAUUUGUUUUCUCUUCAAAUAAUGCAAGUCUUCUCUUACCUCCAUAAUGCUACGCGGAUUUGAAGGAUCAGUGGCGAUAUGAAGUAAAGCCAGGCUAAUUUAACACAGCAUCAGUAGUGUGAGAUGGAUUAUUUAAACCCCUGCCGCCCUUUGUUAGCUUAAGAUUCAAACCGUUCCCCCGAGAGUAUUAUUUCCCUUUCCUUCAAUUAACCCCACAGCAAGAUAACUGAUUGUAAGAAUAAUAGCUAAACGGAAGGAAGUCAGCCAUGCUUUUAUCUGUGAGAGCUUUUGCCUUAAGCCCGAUUGUAGCUCAUGAUGUUUUUGUUUUUUUUUUCCGACUGGGACCUGAAACCAUACAUUACCAAUAGAGAAUAUAGUACACAACAACAUCCCUACCUCUUCAUAGUUCAAACCCAAGCCAACUUUCUUCCUCCAUCUUAAAUCAAUUCCGUCUUCUCUUUGUUUUGUUUAAUCAUUCAGCUGUCGUUAGCUUUAACAAGGAAAGCAUGGUGUGGUCUUUGACUGGAGAGUGUGUUUGUGCUGUGUGCAUAUUCCUCUAUGUAAUAAUCUCUAUGCGACAAAUCUGAACCACAAAAAUGCCUAAAAGCAGUCAAGCUAUUUUUACCCUUUUUUGCAAAAGAUGUAGGGGAAAACAAAAUGGAUUUGCUAAACAGAGUAUUUUUUAGAAAGCAUUAACACUUUUUGACAUGAUGGUAUUUUGUAUUUUUGCUGCCCCUCCUGAUCUUUUGUAUAGAAGUUGCCCUAAUUGUACUGAACUGUGGGUAUGUAAUGGUUAACCCUGCCCAGUGGCACUGUAGGUAACUAUGGUUAACCCUGUCCGGUGGUUCACAGUAUGCAGUAAGUGUUCUUUUGAGGGGGGGGAGGGGGGUUGUCUUGACAUUUCGUGCCAUGGAUUGUGAUGUUAUUGAAAUACUGUGAAAUGUCUCUUCUCUUGACUUUAUCAUGGAGCAUCACUCUUAAUAAAAAAAAAACCUGAUGUGAA